GUGUGUCUUACGGCAGUCCUGGUUAGUUUUGCGCACGCGCAGUCUACAAACCGCGCAGUUCCUUUUGCUCCACACAUUUGAAAGCUGCCACCGUGAGCACGUCUGUGCAGCCUGUUAGUGUAGCAGCACCUCCUGACUCCAGCCCACUGCAACGACAGACAUCCGUGAACUCAGCUCUUCACGCCUGCACUUUUGAAUAUGGAACUAAAUGAUGGCAACCUUCAAACCCUCACCGAGUUCCUUCAGAAAACGCUGGACCCAGACCCAAACGUCAGACGUCCAGCUGAAAAGUUUCUUGAAUCUGUGGAGGGACACCAGAACUACCCUUUAUUACUGCUCACGCUGCUGGAAAAGUCCCAGGACAACGUGAUCCGUGUCUGUGCUGCUGUGACAUUCAAGAACUUUAUCAAAAGAAACUGGCGCAUUGUUGAAGAUGAACCAAACAAAAUCUCCGAUCAAGACCGAACGGCGAUCAAAGCGAACAUUGUAAAUCUAAUGCUGAGCAGCCCUGAGCAGAUUCAAAAACAGUUGAGUGAUGCCAUUAGUAUCAUAGGGAGGGAGGACUUCCCUCUGAAAUGGCCCGACCUUCUAACAGAGAUGGUCACUCGCUUCAGAAGUGGAGACUUUCACAUCAUUAACGGAGUGCUUCGUACCGCACAUUCACUUUUCAAGAGAUACCGUCAUGAAUUUAAAUCAAAUGAACUGUGGACAGAGAUUAAACUUGUUCUGGACACAUUUGCUCUGCCCUUGACAGAAUUGUUUAAGGCCACUAUUGAGUUUUGUCAAACUCACGCUACAGACGUCGGUGCCUUGAAGGUCCUCUUCUCUUCCCUCACACUCAUCUCCAAACUUUUUUACAGCCUUAAUUUCCAGGAUCUCCCAGAGUUUUUCGAAGACAACAUGGAGACGUGGAUGACCAACUUUCACGGUCUGCUGACACUGGAUAAUAAACUUUUACAAACAGAUGAUGAGGAGGAGGCCGGGCUCCUGGAGCUCCUCAAGUCCCAGAUCUGCGACAACGCUGCUCUUUACGCCCAAAAAUACGACGAGGAAUUUCAGCCAUAUCUUCCACGCUUUGUCACGGCUAUCUGGAACCUGUUGGUUUCUACUGGGCAGGAGGUCAAGUACGACCUGCUCGUUAGCAACGCAAUUCAGUUCCUGGCUUCAGUCUGUGAACGACCACACUACAAACACCUGUUUGAGGACCAGAACACGCUCACAAGCAUUUGUGAGAAGGUCAUUGUGCCCAACAUGGAGUUUAGAAGUGCAGAUGAAGAGGCGUUUGAAGAUAACUCGGAGGAAUACAUCAGAAGAGACCUUGAAGGAUCAGACAUUGACACGCGCCGCAGAGCAGCGUGCGACUUGGUGAGAGGCCUCUGUAAGUUCUUCGAGGGUCCAGUCACGGCCAUCUUCUCUGGCUACGUCAACUCCAUGCUGGGAGAAUACGCCAAGAACCCCGGAGGAAACUGGAAACACAAAGACGCCGCCAUAUAUUUGGUCACAUCGCUGGCGUCGAAAGCCCAGACACAGAAGCAUGGAAUAACACAAGCCAAUGAGUUGGUGAAUCUCACAGAUUUCUUUGUGAAUCACAUCCUAUCCGACCUAAAAUCCUCCAAUAUUAAUGAGUUCCCGGUGCUGAAGGCAGAUGCCAUCAAAUAUGUCAUGAUCUUUAGGAGUCAGCUUCCAAAGGAGCAGCUGCUGCAGGCGGUUCCUCUACUGAUCGCUCACCUGCAGGCAGAGAGCACAGUGGAACACACGUACGCCGCCCAUGCUUUAGAGCGGCUCUUCACCAUGAGAGGCCCCAACAACAGCACUCUUAUCACCCCUGCAGAAAUGGCACCUUUUACUGAACAGCUGCUCAACAAUUUGUUCAAGGCGCUUUCGCUUCCUGGAUCGGCAGAGAACGAGUACAUCAUGAAAGCCAUCAUGCGCAGUUUCUCCUUACUGCAGGACACCAUCGUUCCCUACAUCCCCACUCUGAUUGGUCAACUCACUCAUAAGCUCUUAUUAGUCAGCAAGAACCCCAGUAAACCCCACUUCAACCAUUAUCUGUUUGAGUCUCUCUGCCUGUCCAUCCGUAUCACCUGCAAAGCCAACCCCACCACUGUGGGCAGCUUCGAGGAGGCGCUCUUCCCCGUCUUCACUGAGAUCCUUCAGAACGAUGUGCAGGAGUUCCUUCCGUACGUGUUCCAGGUGAUGUCCCUCCUCCUGGAGAUCCACUCCAACUCCAUCCCCUCCUCCUACAUGGCUCUGUUCCCUCACCUGCUGCAGCCCGUUCUCUGGGAGCGUUCAGGAAACAUCCCCCCGCUGGUGCGGCUGCUUCAGGCCUACCUGCAGAAGGGAGGAGCCUGUAUCGCCAACACCUCCGCAGAUAAAAUACCUGGCCUGCUGGGAGUUUUCCAAAAGCUUAUUGCCUCAAAGGCCAACGACCACCAGGGGUUUUAUCUACUCAACAGCAUCAUCGAGCACAUGCCCCCAGAGUCCAUCAUUCAGUACAGGAAACAGAUUUUCAUUCUGCUCUUCCAGAGGCUUCAGGGUUCCAAAACUACCAAGUUUGUCAAGAGUUUCUUGGUGUUUGUCAACCUGUACUGUGUCAAAUAUGGAGCUAUCGCCCUACAGGAGAUAUUUGACAGCAUCCAACCCAAAAUGUUUGGUAUGGUAUUGGAAAAAAUAGUCGUUCCGGAAGUGCAGAAAGUUUCUGGUGCGGUGGAGAAGAAGAUUUGUGCUAUUGGUAUUACUAAAGUACUCACAGAGUGUCCUGCCAUGAUGGACACGGAGUACACCAAAAUCUGGACUCCACUGCUUCAAGCCCUGAUUGGUCUGUUUGAGUUACCAGAAGAUGACAGCAUCCCCGACGACGAGCAUUUCAUCGACAUCGAGGACACGGCCAGCUACCAGACGGCGUUCUCACAGCUGGCGUUCGCAGGGAAGAAGGAGCACGAUCCCAUCGGAGAUGCCGUGGGGAACCCUAAACUCCUGCUGGCCCAGUCUCUCCACAAACUCUCCACCGCCUGUCCUGGAAGGGUUCCGUCCAUGCUCAGCACCAGUCUGAACGCUGAGGCCCUCCAGUAUCUGCAGGGGUAUCUGCAGGCGGCCAGUGUGCAGUUGGUUUGA